AUGGCGAUUCUUGAACCUGGCUCGAAGGCAUCGAGCUCGUCUGGUGUCGACGGCCCUCAAAAUACUUCGACAACAGUGACUGGCGAGAAGGCAUCGACGGAAGAGCAUGUGGGCAACCAUACAAGAAGAUAUCGUGCUGUCUACAAUGGCUUCUUCGGCUUCUUCCGCUCGUACAACUUUCCACUAUGGGUCAUCUUUGGCGGAGGUAUGCUCGGGUUCUCGCUCUCCCGCCUACAACACUACGAUUACGAUGGGACGUUCAAAAACGAUUUCGCACUUGUUGUAGGGCAGUGGUACUACUUUCAAAGUGGCCGUGAGCGAAUCGGAAUGAUCAUCCAUCUUGGAGCUAUCCUGCCAGCUGGUAUUCUGGUGGUCUUGCAAUUCGUGCCCAAGAUCCGAGAGAAGCUUCUGAUCUUCCAUCGCAUCAAUGGAUAUCUCGUCAUCUUACUAGGCCUUCUGAGUUCUCUGGCAACACUAGCAGUGAUACCACACAAGCAAGGAGGCGGUGCAAGGAUUAGCACACAGACGGCUGAAGCGUUUCUGGUUAUCAUCACCACCGUCUCGGUUUUUCUGGCCUGGUGGAACAUCCGGAGGAAGCGUGUCGAUCAACACCGCGCCUGGAUGCUCAGGACCUGGUUCUACAUGGGAACGAUCAUCACAAGCCGCAUCACGGAGUUCAUAGCCUCUCCGAUAAUCAUUCGAAUUGGUGGGUGGUACGGAGUCUGGACCUGUAAUGAGAUCGAUUUUCUCUACAGCCAAUUGGGCAUGCCUUUCCCGGGCUCAGAAUACCCGACAUGCGUUAUGCCAGACGGAAGCAUCAUCCGUGACCUCUACGUGGCGGUCAAGGCAGUCCACUCGCUCGAACGUCCUGAGCAGUUUGGCACGAGCCACACACAACCCUUUGGAGCUAUGCUCUGGCUUUCUAUUGUUGUUCACAUCAUCGGAGUUGAAUUUUAUCUAUCAAUGACUUCGAAAGAGACCGAGAGAUUGCGGCAGGUCAGCCACCGCAAGCGUGUCGAAGCAGGUCUGGAAUGA